UUUUUUCUCUUAUACGUCUCGUUCUUAUUAACGCGGAAGUCUCAGUGACAUGACGCACUCAGUCAGAUGGAGACAGAGAAAUAAUCAAAACAUCGCGUUUUCUUCAGGCCGAGGGAGAGGUCGUGAUUAAUGGUUCUCUCCAUCAUGCUGCUGCUGGUGGGCUGGUUUCUGUGUUUGUGAGAUCUACACUGGCCUGCUGGGAUGAACAUGCCACUGCAUCAGAUCUCUGUCAUCCCCCGGGAUGUCACUUCCUCCAGGGGGUCUGGCAGCAGCGGAAAGGCUAAGGAUAAGGACAAGGACCGGGACAAACAGAAUGAGAAACCACUGGGUCAUUCUGCAAGCAGGUCCAGCAACAUUUCAAAGGCAGGGAGCCCGACUUCUGUGAACGCCCCCUGUGGCUUCUCUCGAACUUCUGUCACGCCUUCAAACCAGGACAUCUGCAGUUCUAAUGCUAGUGCUCCAGCUCAGGAGCAGUUCUCUCAGAAACCUGCGCAGACUGCUGUGGUUUUGCUCAACUCCACUGACAAACACUGGCCAUCACAGAGCAUCACUAUGACAACACUCUGUCUUGAUUCACCCAUCAAACCCAAAAAUAAAUCUGUCUUUGGAGCCGAGUGGCUCUCACUGUUAAAGCCCUCGGUCAACCUCCGGCCGCACGCCAGCACGCUCAAGUUCUCCAAGUCCCUGAAUGACGUGGGUCAGAAGAUGGAUGGGCUGUGCAGUCUGCACUUCGCUGAACGCACAUGCUCAGAUGGCGAGUUGCGCUCUGAUAUGAAAGGAGAUGCAGAAUGUGGGCACCAGGCCAAGACUCUCGUGGUCAAGUUGACUCGCCUGCCUCCUCUCUACCCUUCUCAACACACCUCCUUCUCAACCACAUAUAGCUAUGCAAGCGCUCAACCUGCUGACAUUCAGAAGAGCUCCAAUCUGCUGCGCUUAUUCUUCCCAUUCCCACGCUCCUCCACAGCGGGCAGCUUGCCCCUGGGUGAGCUGGCCUCCUGUGCCAAGCCAUCCAGUGCCUUGCUGGAGGUGAAUGAGGUGUGCAGUGAGGAGAUAGGUGAUGAUGAUGUGUUUGAGGAGGAGUACUCCGGAUGGAGGCUGAAGGCUGCGGAGCAGCAAGCUCCUCUCUGCUCCCUGGAGGAAGAUGGAGAUCUGGACCGUCGCUUCUCGCCACUGAUGGAGAAAACAGGUCCACCCUCACCGUACUCUCUGACUGGGGAUUGCUGCAGGAUUUGUCACUGCGAGGGUGAUGAGGACAGUCCGCUGAUCACGCCGUGCCAUUGCACAGGCAGCCUGCGCUUCGUGCACCAGGCCUGUCUGCAGCAGUGGAUCAAGAGCUCAGACACGCGCUGCUGUGAGCUCUGCAAGUUCGAGUUCAUCAUGGAGACCAAACUAAAGCCACUGCGCAAGUGGGAGAAGCUGCAGAUGACAGCCAGCGAGAGGAGGAAGAUCAUGUGCUCCGUCACUUUCCAUGUCAUUGCCAUUACGUGCGUGGUCUGGUCACUGUACGUCCUGAUCGACCGCACUGCAGAAGAGAUCAAACAAGCCAGAAGAAUACCAGGGAUUUUGGAGUGGCCUUUCUGGACCAAGCUUGUGGUGGUGGCUAUCGGCUUCACCGGCGGACUGGUUUUCAUGUAUGUGCAAUGCAAAGUCUAUAUCCAGCUGUGGAGGAGACUUAAAGCCUACAACAGAGUGAUAUAUGUGCAAAACCGACCAGAGACCUAUAAAAAGACUAUUUUCGAUAAACCUGUACUUAUGGAGCCAAACUUGGAUAAUAAAGAGGGUUUCGGGCCAGCGCAGUCGGACACAAACUCUUCGCAGUAUACAGAGACUGAGGACUACAGCAUGGAGAUACUGCACGUGUGAGCAGCACACGCACAGCCCAAUUCCAUGGGACCAGAUGAUGCUUUGCCUCCUGCCAGGGGACAGGUGGCACCACACAGCAGUGGGCAGAGUAACUGAGACGGAACUCCUUCUGUUUUCUAGGUGUUUUCUUUGUUUUUGUCUGUUCUGUUCCUGUAAGUUGUUGGCUAGCCAUUAUGAGUCGGUGUACACCAGGUCCAACUACUGCCAUUGUACUGCUCUUGUAUGAGAUGUGUGAAGCACCACUCGAGCUGUGUACCUCUGUGCUCACCGUGUGUGUGUGUGAUUGAGUAUGUGUCUCUGCGCUGGUUCUAAUGGAGUCCUUAACAAUGCAUUUAAGCACUUUUUAGUUUCCUCUUUUAAGGCUCUCCUGUUUUAAUACCCAUACAUUUAUAUAUACAUGAGGAAAAAAAAAAAAAAAACAA